AUGUCCCUUCCCUCUUGGUGUUUGGCCAGAGUUGUCCCAGCACUGGAGCUUAAUGGGCAGGGCCAAGUAUUUGUGAAAAAAUUGUGGCCUCCAGGAGGGCUCAUGCCAGUGAGUGUUCCCCAGAGCUGCUCCAUGUCUUUGAGUAUUCCCCAGAGCUGCUCCAUGUCUUUGAGUAUUCCCCAGAGCUGCUCCAUGCCAGUGAGUGUUCCCCAGAGCUACUCCAUGUCUUUGAGCAUUCCCCAGAGCUAUCAGUGUCUUUGCCCCUACAGUGAGUCACAACCACCUCCUGGCUGCCAACCCUCCACUACCAGCAAGUAA